AUGGAUAGAUCAUGGUUGAGAGCUGAUAGAAGAACCAGAGAGUAUCAAUUAGGUGUAGAAGAAUUGUUGAUGUUUGCUUUUGAGCAUGGGUGUAAUGCAGAAAAACUAAGUUGUCCAUGUUUAAAAUGCGCACACACUAAAUCAUGGAAAGCUCAGACUGUUAGAAACCAUCUUUUCCAACAUGGUAUUGAUGAAACUUACACGCGUUGGAUAUGGCAUGGAGAGACAAAUUUAGCUAGGACUCCUUCUUUAGAUGAGACAGACAGUACUGGAUCUGAUGGCCACGUCUACAGAGCAAUGGAUGGUGGUGAUGAAGAUUAUUACAGUUCUUCGGAUUCAUCAGAUUUUAUUAACCAUGUUCAAAGUGAACAAGAACCUCUUUAUCCCGGAUGUGAGAGUCACACUAGGUUAAGAGCGUUAGUUAAACUGUACAACUUGAAAGCAAAGCAUGAUAUGUCUGAUUCAUGCUUCUCUAAAGUUUUAAUUUUGCUUGGUUCUAUGCUUCCAGAAGGUAACACUAUCCCAUCCUCCUUUAAUGAAGCCAAAAAAACCUUAUGUCUGCUAGGAAUGGGGUAUGAAAAGAUUCACGUAUGUCCAAAUGAUUGUCUUCUAUACCGUGGCGAGAGAGAUGAGGAUGAAAUUGUUUGCCGCAUAUGUAAGGCCUCAAGGUGGAAAUUAAACAAGAAAGGAGAGGAACUUGAAGGGGUCCCUGCUAAGGUUUUAUGGUAUUUUCCGUUGAUACCAAGAUUGAGAAACUUAUUCAAUACAGAUCACAUUGCAAAGAACAUGACAUGGCAUGAUACCGAGCGAAAAAAAGAUGGUAAAUUGAGACAUCCAGCAGACUCAAAAACAUGGAAAGAUGUUGACCAAAAGUGGCCUGAAUUCGCAUCAGAGACUAGGAACCUUCGACUAGCUUUAUCAUCUGAUGGAUUCAAUCCUUUCCACGGAAAUCGUACUGAUCACUCAACCUGGCCUGUAUUAUUAUCGAUUUACAAUCUUCCACCCUGGCUUUGUAUGAAGAAAAGAUAUAUAAUGCUUUGCUUGUUGAUAUCUGGCCCGACUGAGUCAGGAAAUGAUAUUGAUGUGUACCUCCAACCGCUUUUAGAAGAUUUACAGGAGUUAUGGAAUGGGAAGCAAGUGUACGAUGCAUAUAAGAAAGAGUUUUUUAUGCUUAGGGGAAUUUUAUUAUGGACAAUAAGUGAUUAUCCGGCUUUAGGUUGUUUGUCCGGCAAUGUCACUAAAGGGUAUAAUGCUUGUACAAUUUGUGUUGAUCAAACAAAUGCUACAAGGCUGGUUAAUUACCGCAAGACAGUGGUUAUGAGGCAUCGGAGGUGGUUACCAAGGCAGCAUCCAUAUAGAAGGCAAAAAUCAGCUUUUGAUAACACUGUGGAGAAGGGCGUUGCUCCAAUUCCUUUGACUGGAGAGCAAGUUUUUGAAAGAGUACAACAUCUAAGGAGCCAUGUCUUUGGUAAGAAACAACGCCAACCUCGAUGGAAGAAGGGUGAACCUCGACCCAUAUGGAAGAAGGUUUCUAUAUUCUUCCAACUUGAGUAUUGGAAGUUUUUGCCAGUUAGGCAUUGCCUCGAUGUAAUGCACAUCGAGAAAAAUAUCUGUGAAGCUUUAGUUGGUACUCUACUCAAUAUUCCAGGAAAGACUAAAGAUAGAGAGUCUGUCCGUCUUGACAUGGCUGAGAUGGGAAUAAGAACGGAGCUGAGGCCAAAAACUCCUGGAAAGAAAGAGAAGGUACCCUUAGCAUCCUGGAACUUAUUAAAUGCAGAAAAGAAAAUUGUUUGCUCAUCCUUUCUUAAGAUGAAGUUGCCAGAUGGAUUUUGUUCAAACAUCAAGAAUCUCGUAAACAUGGAAAAACUUCGGCUUGUUGGUAUGAAAUCUCAUGACUGCCAUACAAUAUUGCAUCACUUACUACCAAUUGUAAUUCGAUCAAGCCUUCAAAAACAGGUCAGGUGCACAAUUAUUAGGUUCUGCCUAUUUUUCAAGGCAAUUUGCAGCAAAGUCAUCGAGAUAGAUAAAUUAGAAAAAAUGCAGUCUCAGUUGAUCGAAACCUUAUGCCAGCUAGAGAAACACUUUCCCCCGUCAUUUUUUGAUGUGAUGAUACAUCUCUCAAUUCAUCUUGUGAGAGAGGUUGAGCUUUGCGGGCCAAUCUUUCUUCGUUGGAUGUAUCCUUUCGAGAGGUAUAUGAAGACCUUCAAGGGGUAUGUACGGAACCCAGCUCGUCCAGAAGGUUGUAUUGCCGAGAGGUAUUGUGCAGAAGAGGCUGUCCAAUGUUUGGUUGACUUGGAAGAUACUACAGGAUUGCAUCAAGAUACUAAACAUAAUGAAGAUAUAAUUUGCAGACCCUUAUCAGGUGCAACAAUAAUAAAGCCCAACAGUAAGGAAUUGCACCUAGCUCAUUUGUGUGUUCUUCAAAAUAUCAAUGACGUUAGGCCAUAUUAG